AUGGGGAAGAAGCGGCGGAAGGACGACGAGGAGGCGGAAGGUGCAGGGGUGGAGGGACAAGAGCAGCCACCUCCAGACGCAGGUGGCGGGAAGAAGGCGAAGCAAAAGGUGAUUCACGUCCAGGACCUGACGGAUUCGAAGCUCGAGGAGCGCGAGAAGGAGCUCGCCGAGGAGCUACGCAAAGCCCGGCUGACCCAAGGAACCUUGCGAGGGGAUCCACCAGCCAAUAACCGCAUUCUGUGGCAGCGGCAAGUGACCUACGCCAAUAACGCAGUCCAUCGCGCCGAGCAAGCCCACCAAGAGGUCCGACGGGAGAUCGAGAAGAGGCGGUUCAGACGCUGA